UCACAGGCAGGAGACUGACCAUAGUGGCAAGUGCCCAGGGACUCACGGAUGGUUCUUUGGCAAAAAUGAAAUCUGAACCUAGGCAUUUCUAGCCUCAGCACUCGGGCUUGUGACCACUUCUCUGUCUUCUUUCUGCCUUUCGGGACUACAGACCCCAGUAGUUUUCAUUAUGUUUCUGACCUGUGCCAGGCCCUGGAGGAGAAAGCCAGAGAUGGACCUCCCGAAGUUGGCCCGGCUCUUCUCUGGACUCCGCCCUGUAGGACUGUCUGCCUUCCAGCACCUUAACCCUCUCGUAGCCACAUGCACAGGAGGCAGGGAGGGGCCUGCACGGCUGAGGGCUUCGGGGCUGACUCGACCCUGCAGCAGCUCCCCCUCGCAGCUGCCCCUUGGCCAGGGGAAUGGGAAGAACACAAGCAGCCUCAGCUCUGACCUGAGCCAGCCUGACCCCGUGGCCUCUCAGGAGGAAGAGGAAGAGAGCUUUGGGACCCUCUCCAACAAGUACUCCUCGAGGAAAAUGUUCCAAAAAUCAACAGCCCGGUUGUAUAACCUACGGCUCAGGGAACAGAGUGCUGAAGACGAGGAAACGGAGCUGGAGCCAGAGAUAUGGCGGGGCCGGAGAAACACGCCUUACUGGUACUUCUUCCAGUGCAAACGCCUGAUCAGAGAAGGGAAGCUGGCCGAGGCCCUGGACCUGUUUGAGCGGCAGAUGCUGAAGGAGGAGCGACUCCAGCCCCUCGAGUGCAACUACACGGUGCUGAUCGGGGGCUGUGGGCGGGCCGGAUACCUGAAGAAGGCCUUCCGGCUCUACAAUGAUAUGAAAAAGCGGGACCUGGAGCCCUCAGAUGCCACCUAUACAGCCCUGUUCAACGUCUGUGCCGAGUCCCCCUGGAAGGACUCUGCUCUGCAGAGCGCCCUGAGGCUCCGGCAGCAGCUGCAGGCCCGAAACUUCCAGCUCAACUUGAAAACGUACCAUGCGCUGCUGAAGAUGGCUGCCAUGUGUGCAGACCUCAGGAUGUGCCUUGAUGUGUUCAAGGAGAUCGUCCAGAAAGGACAUGCAGUCACAGAGGAGACCUUCAGUUACCUGCUCAUGGGCUGCAUCCAGGACAAGAAGACAGGUUUCCGAUAUGCCCUACAGGUAUGGAGGCAGAUGCUGAGUCUGGGGCUCCAGCCGAGUCAGCACGGCUACAACCUACUCCUGGGGGCAGCUCGAGACUGCAGCUUGGGGGACCCAGAGGUGGCCUCAGCACUGCUCCUGAGGCCCAGGGAGGAGACGGUCAUGCUCCAGCCCCUGGCACGUGGGUUUCGGGCAAGGAGGAGAGCCCGGGCUCGGGUGAACGAUGGCGUGUCAGUCAGGCUGCAUGUGGAGGCCUUGGAGAGGCAGCUGUUUCUGGAAUCUUCUCAGGUGCUUGAGAGCCUGCCAGAGCCUCUCGAAGCCAGAGCCCCCAGCAAGGCCCAGCCUGAGGUGGAAAGGAGCACAGAGCCCGACCACAAGGUGGCCCUCACUUGCUUGGCCCCAGAACCUUCUCCCUGCGGGCUGGAGGCUAACCUCCUGACCUUGGGACCAGUCUCCCCAGCCGUGGUCUCCUUUGGGACUGUGACCACCCCAGCUGACAGGCUGGCCUUGAUGGGGGGCCUAGAGGGCUUCUUGGGCAAGAUGGAAGAGCAUGGGCUCCGACCCAACAUCAAAACCCUCACGCUGCUGGCUGAGGUGGUGGCGCCUGGGAGUCCCUCAGAGUCCUCACUGCUGACCGUCCUGGACACGUACCAGGUGGAAGCCGACGUGACAUUCUUCAACACCCUGAUGAGGAAGAAGAGCAAGUCUGGUGAUCUGGAGGGGGCAAAGGCACUGCUGCCACUCCUGGCAAAGAGGGGCAUUGUUCCCAACCUGCAGACCUUCUGCAACCUGGCCAUCGGGUGCCACAGGCCAAGGGAUGGUCUGCAGCUGCUUGCAGACAUGAAGAAAUCCCAGAUGACCCCCAACACCCACAUCUACAGCACCCUCAUCAACGCGGCCCUCAAGAAACUGGACUACACCUAUCUCAUUGACAUCUUGAAGGACAUGAGGCAGAACAGGGUCCCUGUGAAUGAGGUGGUCAUCCGCCAGCUGGAGUUUGCUGCCCAGUACCCGCCCUCCUUUGAUCGGUACAAAGGGAAAAACACCUACUUGGAGAAGAUUGAUGGCUUCCGAGCUUAUUAUAAGCAGUGGCUGAAAGUGAUGCCAGCAGAGGAAACCCCCCACCCGUGGCAGAAGUUCCGGACUAAGCACCAGGGGGACCAAGACCCCAUCACAGAAGCCGAUGUGGACGGAGGCCAUGGAGGCAGGUGAUGGGAGGCACUGGGCCUCCGUGAGAGCUGGGAUGAAGGGCGUGUUGUUUACAGAGCCCCGCGGGAGCCCCAGGAGCCUCUCCACAUCAGGCCUGUGCAUGUACUCGUGUGGCCUCAAGCCUGAGGAAGGGUCUCGUGUGGAGUGAGCGCGGCAGCGUUUUGCAGGCAUUGGUAUGAGGACACACGCUGGGCCCAGGGUGCCUGACAAGUUCAUGGCAGGUCCGAGAGCGGCCUGGCCCACCUUAACAGACCAUCUCCGGUCACCCUCAUCUGGGAGGUGGCCGUCCCCGCAGUGAUGAGGAAAGUGAACUUGCUCACAGUCACACAGCAUCUAAAAGGUAGAGUCAGGAUGGAGGCCCGAGGGGACCAGUUUC